AGUUGUCGGAGUCGCUACAGCAGCUGUCUGGACGAGCCAAGUCUGCCCACACCCAUAUCACCAACCUCAAGACUUUCCAGGACCGAGUUAAUGCCCACUGUGACACGCUGGCUACCGAGGUGGAGAAGCAGUGCUCGGAGCUGAUGGAGGCGGUGAGGGAGGCGCGGACGAGGCUACUUGCCCAGCUGGCAGCAGAGAGAGAAGCCACCACCAAGAUCUACAGAGACCAGGCAGCUGGGUGCACGCGACGCCUGCACCAAACCACAGCGCUCGUACAGUUCUGCAUCGAAGCCAUCAAGGAGCCCGAGCCAGCGGCUUUUAUGCAGAUGGGACCUCAGCUGAUCGGUCGAGUGAGUGACCUGGACCUGACUUGGGACAAGGAGCUGGCCUCCUCCUCAACACGCCUCAGCCCCUACAUCGACCUCGACGUCGAACACAAGAGUGUCCUCAGAGCGCUCAACACCUUCAACUUCGUCCAAAUGAAACCCUGUCUGGACGGAGAGGAGCGCAAGCCCGCAGCCCCCGGCGCCCCGGAGUUCCUGGCGGAGGAGUGCGUCGGGGAGAACAACAGCGUCACCGCAACGUGGACGCCGCACCCCACCUCCAGGGUGGCUGGGUAUAUCCUGGAGAUUGACGACGGAGACGGAGAGUUCAAGGAGGUGCACCGGGGGCCGGAGACGCUGUGCACGGUGGAGGGCCUCCACUUCAACACCGUCUACCACCUGAGGGUUCAAGCUUAUAAUAUCUCCGGCGUGUCUCCGUACUCGGCGCCAGUCGCCAUCAGGACCUCCGCCACGGCGUGGUUCUCGUUGGACCGAGCUCUCUCCCACCCUGAGUGCCGGCUGGUGGGUGACGGUGCAGGAGCCACCUGUGAAAGCUACCAGCACCGCGUUGCCCUCGCCUCCGUCGGGUUCUCCAGAGGUCGUCAUUACUGGCAGUUCACCGUCGACUCGUACGAUGCCAACGCUGAUGUCGUCUUUGGUGUCGCAAGGGCCAACGUGGACAAAGAGGGCAUGUUGGGCAAUGACGUACACGGGUGGGCCAUGUACAUCGACCACCAGAGGUCGUGGUUCCUGCACGGGGCGGCGCAUCACGGGCGGUAUGAAGGUGGGGUGGGCGUGGGCUCCACCGUGGGCGUCCUCCUUGACCUCAACCACGGCACUCUCACCUUCUACGUCAACGACGAACAACAGGGCGACGUGGCCUUCACCGACCUGGAGGGCCUCUUCUACCCGGCAGUCAGCGUCAACAGGAACGUGACGGUGACCCUCCACACCUCCCUCGACCCUCCUCACUCCGACUACGACAGCCAAUCUGACACCUGAAGGCCCACCAUUGUCAUCGGCACCCCCUGGCCCACCACCGCCUCAGAACACUUCACGUUACUCUAGUGCUCCCUACAUUAUCACCCUUGUUAUUAUUAUUAUUAUUAUUAUUAUUAUUAUUUUUAUUUAAAUUUUCGUUUCGUCGUUCAACAAGCGAGCUGCAAUAUUUUAUCGGCAUUAAAUUGUCUUGAUUGAGUUCAAGAGAAUUACAACACUCUGCAAGUGUUGUCAACCAACAAUCGGAUUUCUCAGUGAUAUUAUAUAUAUAUAUAUAAUCACUAGUGAUAUAUAUAUAUAUGUAUAUAUAUCACUAAGUGUGUGCGAUACGCGCAUGGGAGAGGUAGUUCGGGACGUGAACCAAGAGACAAGAGUAAGUUAACCAACAACGCAUCAUGACCAAGCAACGUGUCCAACAAAUAUAUAUUAUAUAUUUUUUUGUCAGUAAGUUCAUACCAGCGUGUGAAACCGCACGAGUGUAAAAGUGUAACUGAAAAAACUAAAUGUGCAGGAAAAGAACACAAAAGUUCUGUACGGAAAUCACGUGAAAAGUUGGGUGUCGUUCAAAAUACUUUACGUUCCCUACUAGUUAUGUUAAGGUGUAAGAGAACUGAUUUCUGCGUUUUGGUCAGGGAGUGAGUCGUUUCCCCAACGUGUACGCGACAAAUCCUGACCAUCUCGUAUCAUUCAGGACUGAGAAAACGUCUAUACACGCAAACGACACAUCAAAAUGCCAUACAUCUAACGGAUAUUCAUCCCAAUGGUCACAAUAUCAAGAUGAUCUAUGUGAUAGGAACUGAGGAUUACGAAUAUUAUACCAAGGUACUGAGGAAAAGAACCUGACAUGGUUGAGUAAGAUCAAAACUACGAGACAUGAUGACAAGUCAAUCCCCAGGUUAAGGCUCGUAACAUUAAGGGGACUCAACUAACAAAGCCUUUCACCUGUCCAAUGUCACCACAACUGCCAACUCCAUUCCAGUGUUUGUUGUUGUUGUCUGCACGCUCGUGAGCACUAGACUACGUCAGUAGGUCAACACCAAAUGCCUGUUUUUUUUUCUUUGUAAUAAAGUUGAUGUUUAUACCCCACACACAAUGUUCCAUUUGGUAGUGAACUGCAAUUAUGAACACCAAUAAAUGACCCCAUUGUGGAGAGAACAAUGUUGGGUGCAGGGUUUGCCUGCCAGAUUUUAUUAGAAAAAUUAAAAAAUGUAAUUUUGAACGUAUAUAAAUAAUAAUGGGGCUUUAUAUACUUCAUGUAGAGCCACUCGGAGGUCGUGGGUGCUGUGCACUAUAAGUGAUGAACCUUUGUACAGUAGUUAAACCAUCCACACUCACCACCACCACACACUCACUACCACACACUCACCACCACACACUCACCAGCACACACUCACCACCACACACUCAUCACUACACUCACCAGCACACACUCACCACCAUACA